UAAAUCUAAACAUUCUAAUUCUCCCAAAUUAAACAACUAAACAUGAAUUUCGAUAAAGUGUUUAUUUUUGUCGCCUUAACCUUGACUGUUUUUGCUGGUCAAAGUCAAGCGGGUUGGUUGAAAGAUAUUGGCAAGAAAAUUGUAGAACGUGUUGGUCAACAUACUCGUGAUGUUUUCAUGCAAGCAAUUGAUAUUGCUCAGCAGGCUGCUAAUGUUGCUGCCACUGCUAGAGGUUAAAGCUAUAUUUAAUUAACUGCUAAUUAAUUAUAUUUAAUUAAGUGAACUUGUUUAUUAUUAGAACUAUGUUUAAUGGAAAAUAGUCUCCCUAACUAGUCUAUACUAAAGUCGUAUAGAAUAACUAUAUUCCAUGCUAUAGAGCAGACAAUACAAUAUACAAAGUCUGGUCUAUAUAUUAGACAAAAGUCCAGACUAUAAAAUGGACUAUUGUCUAAACUAUAGAAUAGACUGUGGUCCAGACUAUAACUAGUCCCGAUUUUACUAUAGUCCUGUAUAGGCUAGACUAUAGUUAAAACUAUAGUCCAAACUAUAGUGUAUAUUAUGUAUAGUCUAGACUAGAGAAUACAGUGCAUACUAUAGAAUAUAACAUAAAUCAGUCUAUAAACUAGUUUAGACUAUAAAAUAGACUCAUUUCUAGACUAUAGACUACACAAUAAAAAAUAAUAUACUAGACUAUUAGGUAUUCAAUAAUAUGGACCAUAGCUCAAAUUAUAGAGUGGACUCUAGUCCAGAAUAGUCUUUAGUCUAGACUAUAGAAUUGACUAUAAUUAACACUAUAUAGAACAGACUAUAAACCAGACUAACAUCACUAUUGUCGAGAUAAUAGAACAGACUUCACUCCAGACUAUAGAGUAUAAUAUAUUCUAUAGUCUAUUUUAAAAACUAUAAAAUAGAUAAUAUUUCCGACUUUAGAAAAUACUAUUGUCUACACUGUAGAGUGACAUUAGUCCAGACCAUAAAAUAAUACUGCAAAUUUAAAAUUAUCGACUACAAAAAUUUUUAACUAAAAGACUAACAUUUAGUUACAAAUUUUUAGUCAGUAGACAAAUUUGGGGAUUUUCUUUUAAAUUUCUUUCGAAAAUUUACAUUAAUUACAACCUAAAAAAUCACUUUAAAAAAUUGUAAAUUCCAAUUGUAAGAUUUUGUUUAUAUUUUUAAAAUACAGUUUAACUUGGCUAAACAGAAUGUCAUUGUUAAAUUUUAAAAAAUUUGUGUACAUAUAACUUAAAACAAUAAACAAUUUAAA